GGAUGCUGUUCCCAGGGAGCGCCGUUGGCCACCGGUGAGGAAGGUCAAGCACAGAGCUGCCUUCCCGAGCCCCCGGCGCCCCCUAUGUACACCCCGGUCUGCUCCAGUGCGGUCGCCGCUUUGCCUACUUCGGUACCGCCCUGUGCUGUCGGGUCCCGGAGCUCCGGCGGCGGCAGGGGCUGUGUCCGGCAGGAGAGGAAGCGCCCGGGCUGCGUCCGUGCUUCUGUCCGCGGGGCGAGCGUCUGGCAGGAAGUACUUAAACAACUACAAGGAAGUAUUGAAGAUGAAGCUAUGGCUUCUUCUGGACAGAUUGAUUUAUUAGAGCGUCUUAAAGAACUUAACUUGGAUAGCAGUAAUUUCCCUGGAGUGAAACUACGGUCCAAAAUGUCCCUCUGUUCUUACGGAAGCCGAGAAGGAUCUGUAUCUAGUCGCUCAGGAGAGUGCAGUCCUGUUCCUAUGGGUUCAUUUCCACGAAGAGGGUUUGUAAAUGGAAGCAGAGAAAAUACCGGUUAUUUAGAAGAACUUGAAAAAGAGAGAUCAUUGCUUCUUGCUGACCUUGACAAAGAAGAAAAGGAAAAAGACUGGUAUUAUGCUCAACUUCAGAAUCUCACUAAAAGAAUAGAUAGCCUUCCUUUAACUGAAAAUUUUUCCUUACAAACAGAUAUGACCAGAAGGCAGUUGGAAUACGAGGCAAGGCAAAUCAGAGUUGCAAUGGAAGAACAACUAGGUACUUGCCAGGAUAUGGAAAAACGAGCACAGCGAAGAAUAACCAGAAUUCAACAAAUAGAAAAGGACAUACUUCGUAUACGACAGCUUUUACAGUCCCAAGCAACCGAAGCAGAGAGGUCAUCUCAGAGCAAGCAUGAAGCUGGCUCACAUGAAGCUGAACGGCAGAAUGAAGGUCAAGGAGUGGCAGAAAUCAACAUGGCAACUGUGGGUAGCGGUCAGGGGUCAAGUACACGAAUAGAUCAUGAAACAGCCAGUGUUCUGAGCUCUAGUAGCACACAUUCUGCUCCUCGAAGGCUGACCAGUCAUCUGGGAACCAAGGUGGAAAUGGUGUAUUCAUUGUUGUCAAUGCUUGGUACUCAUGAUAAGGAUGAUAUGUCGCGAACUUUGCUAGCUAUGUCUAGCUCCCAAGACAGCUGUAUAUCCAUGCGACAGUCUGGAUGUCUUCCUCUCCUCAUCCAGCUUUUACAUGGCAGUGACAAAGACUCUGUGUUGUUGGGAAAUUCCCGGGGCAGUAAAGAGGCUCGGGCCAGGGCCAGUGCAGCACUCCACAACAUCAUUCACUCACAGCCUGAUGACAAGAGAGGCAGGCGUGAAAUCCGAGUCCUUCAUCUUUUGGAACAGAUACGAGCUUACUGUGAAACCUGUUGGGAGUGGCAGGAAGCCCAUGAACAAGGCAUGGACCAGGACAAAAAUCCAAUGCCAGCUCCUGUUGAACAUCAGAUCUGUCCUGCUGUGUGUGUUCUAAUGAAACUUUCGUUUGAUGAAGAGCAUAGACAUGCAAUGAAUGAACUUGGUAGGAAGGCUACCCGGGGCAUUUCAUCCCAGGAGCUAGGGCAGGGGCUUUCAGGGGGACUACAGGCCAUUGCAGAAUUAUUGCAAGUGGACUGUGAAAUGUAUGGGCUUACUAAUGACCACUACAGUAUUACUUUAAGACGAUAUGCAGGAAUGGCUUUGACAAACUUGACUUUCGGAGAUGUAGCCAACAAGGCUACCCUCUGCUCUAUGAAAGGCUGCAUGAGAGCACUCGUGGCUCAACUAAAAUCUGAAAGUGAGGACUUACAGCAGGUUAUUGCAAGUGUUUUGAGGAAUCUGUCUUGGAGAGCAGAUGUAAAUAGUAAAAAGACUUUGCGUGAAGUUGGAAGUGUGAAAGCACUGAUGGAAUGUGCUUUGGAAGUGAAAAAGGAGUCAACCCUCAAAAGUGUACUGAGUGCCUUAUGGAAUCUGUCAGCACACUGCACUGAGAAUAAAGCUGACAUAUGUGCUGUAGGUGGUGCGCUUGCAUUUUUGGUUGGCACUCUCACUUAUCGCAGCCAAACAAAUACUUUAGCCAUUAUUGAAAGUGGAGGUGGGAUAUUACGGAAUGUAUCCAGCUUGAUAGCUACAAAUGAGGACCACAGGCAAAUCCUAAGAGAGAAUAAUUGCUUACAGACCUUAUUACAACACUUGAAAUCUCACAGUUUGACAAUAGUUAGUAAUGCAUGCGGAACCUUGUGGAAUCUCUCAGCAAGAAACCCUAAAGACCAGGAAGCAUUGUGGGACAUGGGAGCAGUCAGCAUGCUCAAGAACCUCAUUCAUUCAAAGCACAAGAUGAUUGCUAUGGGAAGUGCUGCAGCUCUAAGGAAUCUCAUGGCAAAUAGACCUGCAAAGUAUAAAGAUGCCAAUAUCAUGUCUCCUGGUUCAAGUCUGCCUUCUCUUCAUGUCAGGAAACAAAAGGCCCUGGAAGCAGAAUUAGAUGCUCAGCAUUUAUCAGAAACUUUUGACAAUAUUGACAAUUUAAGUCCCAAGGCAUCUCAUCGUAGCAAGCAGAGACACAAGCAAAAUCUCUAUGGUGACUAUGUUUUUGACAGCAAUCGACAUGAUGAUAACAGGUCAGACAGUUUUAAUACUGGAAACAUGACUGUCCUGUCACCGUAUUUAAAUACUACAGUAUUGCCCAGCUCUUCUUCAUCAAGGGGAAGUUUAGAUAGCUCUCGUUCUGAAAAAGAUAGAAGUUUGGAGAGAGAACGAGGUAUUAGCCUAGGCAGCUACCACCCAGCAACAGAAAAUCCAGGAACCUCUUCAAAGCGAGGUUUGCAAAUUUCUACCACUGCAGCCCAGAUUGCCAAAGUCAUGGAAGAAGUAUCAGCCAUUCAUACCUCCCAGGAAGACAGAAGUUCUGGGUCUACCACAGAACUACACUGUGGGACAGAUGAGAGGAAUGCACUAAGAAGAAGCUCUACCGCCCACACACAUGCCAACACUUACAACUUUACCAAGUCAGAAAACUCAAACAGAACAUGUCCAAUACCAUAUGCCAAAGUAGAAUAUAAGAGGUCUUCAAAUGAUAGUUUAAAUAGUGUCAGCAGUAGUGAUGGUUAUGGUAAAAGGGGUCAGAUGAAACCUUCAGUUGAAUCCUAUUCUGAAGAUGAUGAAAGUAAAUUCUGCAGCUAUGGUCAGUAUCCAGCUGACCUAGCCCAUAAAAUACAUAGUGCAAAUCAUAUGGAUGAUAAUGAUGGAGAACUAGAUACACCAAUAAAUUAUAGUCUUAAAUAUUCUGAUGAACAGUUGAACUCUGGGAGGCAGAGCCCUUCACAGAAUGAAAGAUGGGCAAGACCCAAACAUAUACUAGAAGAUGAAAUAAAACCGAAUGAGCAGAGACAAUCAAGGAGUCAAAGCACAGCUUAUCCUGUAUAUCCUGAGAGCACUGAUGAUAAACAUCUCAAGUUCCAACCACACUUUGGGCAGCAAGAAUGUGUUUCCCCAUACAGGUCAAGAGCAGCCAAUGGAUCUGAAACAAAUCGAGUAGGCUCUAAUCAUGGAAUUAGUCAAAAUGUGAACCAGUCUUUGUGUCAAGAAGAUGACUAUGAAGAUGAUAAACCAACCAACUACAGUGAACGUUACUCUGAGGAAGGGCAGCAUGAGGAAGAAGAGAGACCAACCAAUUAUAGCAUAAAAUACAGUGAAGAAAAACAUCACGUGGAUCAGCCCAUUGAUUAUAGUUUAAAAUACACCACAGACAUUCCUUCUUCACAGAAACCGGCAUUUUCAUUCUCAAAGAAUUCAUCUGGACAGAGCACAAAAACUGAACACAUCUCUUCAAGCAGUGAGAAUACUCCCACACCUUCAUCUAAUGCCAAAAGGCAGAAUCAGCUACAUCCAAGCUCAGCACAAAGCAGAAGUAGUCAGACCCCAAAAGCCACCUCUUCCUCUUGCAAAGUUCCCUCUAUCAACCAAGAAACAAUACAGACUUACUGUGUAGAAGAUACCCCAAUAUGUUUUUCGAGAUGCAGUUCAUUAUCAUCUUUGUCAUCUGCUGAAGAUGAAAUAGGGUGUGACCAGACCACACAGGAAGCAGAUCCCGCUAACUCUCUGCAAAUAGCCGAAAUCAAGGACAACAGCGGACCUAGGCCAAAUGAAGAUUCUGUGAGUAAAGUUCCAGCAGUGUCACAGCACGUUAGAACCAAAUCCAGCAGACUCCAGGCUUCUGGUCUGUCUUCAGAGUCAGCCAGGCACAAAGCUGUUGAAUUUUCUUCAGGGGCCAAAUCUCCUUCCAAGAGUGGUGCUCAGACACCCAAAAGUCCACCAGAGCACUACGUUCAGGAGACCCCACUCAUGUUUAGCAGAUGUACUUCAGUCAGUUCACUCGAUAGUUUUGAGAGUCGCUCAAUUGCCAGCUCCGUUCAGAGUGAACCCUGCAGUGGAAUGGUGAGUGGCAUUAUAAGCCCCAGUGACCUCCCAGAUAGCCCUGGACAAACCAUGCCACCAAGCAGAAGUAAAACCCCUCCUCCUCCUCCUCCUCCUCCUCCUCCUCCUCAGACAGUUCAAACGAAGCAAGAAGUACCUAAAAAUAAAGCACCUAGUGCUGAAAAGAGAGAAAGUGGACCUAAGCAAGCUGCCGUAAAUGCUGCAGUACAGAGGGUCCAGGUUCUUCCAGAUGCUGAUACUUUGUUACAUUUUGCCACAGAGAGUACUCCUGAUGGAUUUUCUUGUUCAUCUAGCCUGAGUGCUCUGAGCCUUGAUGAGCCAUUUAUUCAGAAAGAUGUGGAACUAAGAAUAAUGCCUCCAGUUCAGGAAAAUGACAACGGGAAUGAAACAGAAAGUGAGCAGCCUGAAGAAUCAAAUGAAAACCAGGAAAAAGAGGCAGAAAAACCCACUGACUCUGAAAAAGAUCUUUUAGAUGAGUCAGAUGAUGAUGAUAUUGAAAUACUAGAAGAGUGUAUAAUUUCUGCCAUGCCAACAAAAUCUUCACGCAAAGCCAAAAAACCAACCCAGACUACUUCGAAAUUACCUCCACCUGUGGCAAGGAAACCAAGUCAGCUGCCUGUAUACAAACUUCUGCCAUCACAAAACAGGUUACAGGUACAAAAGCAUGUUAGUUUUACACCAGGAGAUGAUAUGCCACGGGUGUAUUGUGUAGAAGGGACACCUAUAAACUUUUCCACAGCUACAUCUCUGAGUGAUCUAACGAUAGAAUCCCCUCCAAAUGAGUUAGCUGCUGGAGAAGGGGUUAGAGCAGGGGCACAAUCAAGUGAAUUUGAAAAACGAGAUACCAUUCCUACUGAAGGCAGAAGUACAGAUGAGGCUCAAAGAGGGAAAGCCUCAUCUGUCACUGUCCCUGAACUAGAUGACAAUAAAACAGAAGAAGGUGAUAUUCUUGCAGAAUGCAUCAAUUCUGCUAUGCCCAAAGGAAAAAGUCACAAGCCUUUCCGUGUGAAAAAGAUUAUGGACCAGGUCCAACAAGCAUCUAUGUCUUCAUCUGGAACUAACAAAAAUCAAUUAGAUGGUAAGACAAAGAAACCUACUUCACCAGUAAAACCUAUACCACAAAAUACUGAAUACAGGACACGUGUAAGAAAAAAUACAGACUCAAAAAAUAAUUUAAAUGCCGAAAGAAAUUUCUCGGAAAACAAAGAUUCAAAGAAACAGCACUUGAAAAAUAAUUCCAAGGACUUCAAUGAUAAACUGCCAAAUAAUGAAGUCAGAGGAAGUUUUACUUUUGAUUCACCUCAUCAUUACACACCCAUUGAAGGCACUCCAUACUGUUUUUCACGAAAUGACUCUUUGAGUUCUCUAGAUUUUGAUGAUGAUGAUGUUGACCUUUCCAGAGAAAAGGCUGAAUUAAGAAAGGGGAAGGAAAAUAAAGAAUCAGAAGCUAAAGUGACCAACCACACUGAACUAACCUCAAACCAACAAUCAGCUAAUAAGACACCAGCUGUUACAAAGCAGCCAAUAAAUAGAGGUCAGUCUAAAUCCGUGCUGCAGAAGCAGUCCACUUUUCCCCAGUCCUCCAAAGAUAUACCAGACAGAGGGGCAGCAACAGAUGAGAAAUUACAGAAUUUUGCUAUUGAAAACACUCCAGUUUGCUUUUCUCGAAAUUCCUCUCUAAGCUCUCUUAGUGACAUUGAUCAAGAAAACAACAACAACAAGGAAAAUGAACCUAUCAAAGAGACAGAGCCCCCUGACUCACAGGGAGAAGCAAGUAAACCACAGGCAUCAGGUUAUGCUCCUAAGUCAUUUCACGUUGAAGAUACCCCUGUCUGUUUCUCAAGAAACAGUUCUCUCAGUUCUCUUAGUAUUGAUUCUGAAGAUGACCUGCUGCAGGAAUGCAUAAGUUCUGCAAUGCCAAAAAAGAAAAAGCCUUCAAGGCUCAAGGCUGAUAAUGAAAAGCAUAGUCCCAGAAAUAUGGGUGGCAUAUUAGCAGAAGAUUUGACACUCGAUUUGAAAGAUAUACAGAGACCAGAUUCAGAACAUGGUUUAUCCCCAGAUUCAGAAAAUUUUGAUUGGAAAGCUAUUCAGGAAGGUGCAAAUUCCAUAGUAAGUAGUUUACAUCAAGCUGCUGCUGCCGCAUGUUUAUCUCGACAAGCUUCCUCUGAUUCAGAUUCCAUCCUUUCACUGAAAUCGGGCAUCUCUCUGGGAUCACCAUUUCAUCUUACACCUGAUCAAGAAGAAAAACCCUUUACGAGUAAUAAAGGCCCACGAAUUCUAAAACCUGGGGAGAAAAGUACAUUGGAAACUAAAAAAAUAGAAUCUGAAAGUAAAGGAAUAAAAGGAGGCAAAAAGGUUUAUAAAAGUUUGAUUACUGGGAAAGUUCGGUCUAAUUCAGAAAUUUCGAGCCAAAUGAAACAACCCCUUCAAACAAACAUGCCUGCAAUCUCUCGAGGUAGAACAAUGAUUCAUAUUCCAGGAGUUCGGAAUAGCUCUUCAAGUACAAGCCCAGUUUCUAAAAAAGGCCCACCCCUCAAGACUCCAGCCUCCAAAAGCCCUAGUGAAGGUCAGGCGGCUACCACCUCUCCCAGAGGAACCAAGCCAUCAGUGAAGUCAGAAUUAAGCCCUGUUACAAGGCAGGCAUCCCAGACAGCAGCAUCAAACAAAGGACCUUCUAGAUCAGGAUCUAGAGAUUCCACUCCUUCAAGACCUGCCCAGCAACCAUUAAGUAGACCAAUGCAGUCUCCAGGGCGAAACUCAAUCUCUCCUGGUAGAAAUGGAAUAAGUCCCCCUAACAAAUUAUCUCAACUACCAAGGACGUCAUCCCCUAGUACUGCUUCAACUAAGUCCUCAGGUUCUGGGAAAAUGUCUUACACAUCUCCUGGAAGACAGAUGAGCCAGCAGAACCUCACCAAACAAACGGGUUUAUCCAAGAAUGGCAGUGGUAUCCCAAGAAGUGAAUCUGCCUCCAAAGGGCUAAAUCAAAUGAGUAACAGUAAUGGAUCCAAUAAAAAAGUGGAACUUUCUAGAAUGUCUUCAACAAAGUCAAGUGGAAGUGAAUCUGAUAGGUCAGAGAGACCUGUAUUAGUACGCCAAUCAACUUUCAUCAAAGAAGCUCCAAGCCCAACCCUAAGGAGAAAACUGGAGGAAUCUGCUUCAUUUGAAUCUCUUUCUCCAUCUUCUAGACCCGAUUCUCCAACACGGUCCCAGGCACAUACUCCAGUUUUAAGUCCUUCCCUUCCUGAUAUGUCUCUAUCUGCACAUUCGUCUGUUCAGUCUGGUGGAUGGCGAAAACUCCCACCUAACCUCAGUCCCACCAUAGAGUAUAGUGAUGGAAGACCAGGAAAGCGCCAUGAUAUAGCACGCUCUCAUUCCGAGAGUCCCUCCAGACUCCCCAUCAACAGGUCAGGGACCUGGAAACGUGAGCACAGCAAACACUCAUCAUCACUGCCUCGAGUAAGCACUUGGAGAAGAACUGGGAGUUCAUCCUCAAUUCUUUCUGCUUCAUCAGAAUCUAGUGAAAAGGCAAAAAGUGAGGACGAAAAACAUGUGAACUCUAUUUCAGGAAGCAAACAAACUAAAGAAAACCAGGUACCCACAAAAGGAACAUGGAGAAAAAUAAAAGAAAGUGAAAUUUCUCCCACAAGUAGUACUUCUCAGACCACUUCUUCAGGUGCUACAAAUGGUGCUGAAUCAAAGACUCUGAUUUAUCAAAUGGCACCUGCUGUUUCUAAAACAGAGGAUGUUUGGGUAAGAAUUGAGGAUUGCCCUAUUAACAACCCUAGAUCUGGAAGAUCUCCAACAGGAAAUACUCCCCCUGUGAUUGACACUGUUUCAGAAAAGGGAAACCUGAACCCUAAAGAUUCAAAAGAUAAUCAGGGAAAACAAAAUGUGAGCAAUGGUAGUGCCCCCACACGCACCAUGGGUCUGGAAAACCGCCUGAAUUCCUUUAUUCAGGUAGAUCCCCCAGACCAAAAAGGAACUGAGGCAAAGCCGGGACAAAGUAAUAACCCUGUCCCUGCAUCCGAGACUAAUGAAAGUUCUAUAGCUGAGCGUACCCCAUUUAGUUCUAGCAGCUCAAGCAAGCACAGUUCACCAAGUGGGACUGUCGCUGCCAGGGUGAGUCCUUUUAAUUACAACCCAAGCCCGAGGAAAAGCAGCGCAGAUGGCACUUCAGCCCGACCGUCUCAGAUCCCAACGCCAGUGAGUAACACCACAAAGAAACGCGACUCAAAGCCCGACAGCACGGAGCCCAGCGGGACUCAAAGUCCUAAACGCCACUCCGGGUCUUACCUUGUGACGUCUGUGUGAGAAGAGCUGGAAGGAGGGAAGUAAGAAUGUGACAUGUGGUGAUUACAACUGCUAUGUAGAAAUUUUGUUUCAAGUGAAACUGUAAAAGACUGAGAAAUUUUGUACAUAGGUUUGAUUCUUGUUAGAGGGUUUUUGUUCUGGAAGCCAUAUUUGAUAGUAUACUUUGUCUUCACUGGUCAUAUUUUGGGAGGCACUCUUGAUAGUUAGGAAGAAAACGGUAAAGCCAAGUAUAUUUGUACAGUAUGUUUUUCAUGUAUUUAAGUAGCGUCCCAUCCCAGCAUCCUUUAAUUAUUGCUUGUCUUAAAAUAACACUACAGAUAGAAGAUAUGAUAUAUUGCUGUUAUCAAUCAUUUCUAGAUAAUAAACUGACUAAACUUACAUCAGGGAGAAAUUGGUAUUUAUGCAAAAAACCAUUCUGUUUUAGUCCUUGAGAGUCCCAUCUAACAUCAUAAUUAAUCAUGUGGCUGUGAAAUUCACAGUAAUAUGGUUCCCGAUGAACAAGUUUAUCCAGCCUGCUUUGCUUUACUGCAUGAAUGAAACUGAUGGUUCAAUUUCAGAAGUAAUGAUUAACAGUUCUGUGGUCACAUGAUGUGCAUAUAGAUAGCUAUAGUGUAACAACUUACACUAUUUUGUGCGCAAAACAAAAAAAUCUGUGUAACUGUCAAACAUUGAAUGAAACUAUUUUACCUGAACAUCUGAAAGUAGGUAGAAUCUUUGCUAUGCUGUAACUUGUUGUAUAUUCUGGUAUUUGAGGUGAGAUGGCUGCUCUUUUAUUAUUGAGACAUGAAUCGUGUCUCAACAGAAACUAAAUGAACAUUUCAGAAUAAAUUAUUGCUGUAUGUAAACUGUUACUGAAAUUGGUAUUUGUUUGAAGGGUCUUAUUUCACAUUUGUAUUAAUAAUUGUCAAAAAGGGCCUCUUUUAAAAGCUUAUAUAAAUUUUUUCUUCAAAUUCUAUGCAUUAAGAGUAAAAUUUCUCUUACUGUAAUAAAAACAAUUGAAGCUGAUUGUUGGCAUUUAACCAUUCCAUGCAUUGGCACUUAACCUUUCCUGAAAGUUUUUUUAAUGUGUGAUUAGCACUUCCUGUUUAGUAUUUUUCUAUUCACUUUUUUUUUCUUACUCCACUGGAGUUGAUUUUUUAAAUUCAUAUAAUAGCAAUGUGAACGGCCUUGUAUAUGGGCAUUGAACACAACAGGCCCGCAAAGAACAUUUCUUUUUUCUUAAUAGAAUUCUGUCCUUGAAAAAUUAAUUAUUCUGAGGUAGAAGGAGUCUCUUCCAAGCCCAUCUUUGAAUGCCUGUCUUGUCCCUCCUGUUGCUCCUGGGUCUGGGAAUGAACACCUGUCAUCACCUUUUGUGUUACAGCAAAAUUUCAGCAGCCAAAUAUAAUCAGCACCUUGCCAUGUUCAGAAAAUGCUAAGAUAUUCAAGAGACUCUUAAGAAACCAUUGCCUGUUAACGAAAACUUUGUUUUUGAUGAGUAGGGUUGUGGGGUAUGUGUUCAAAUGCCCCCUUCCUCACACAGCAAGGAGAGGAUCCUCCUUCAUGAAGGAAGAUAGACUGAUAAGAUUUAUUUAAAAAGCUAAUAUAUCUUUCCAGAAUUUGUUCUAAAUGAUCAGAGAGUAAGGAUGAUGAUAAAUGUUCACGUAUUUGUUGAAUAAAUGAAAUUUUAUUUUUUAAUGAUAAAUUUAUGCACUCUGCAUUUGGGGAAGGGAAAAGAUAUUUAGAUAUGGCAGGACACUGGGGAAAGGUGGUGAGGAGUAAGCAUGUCUACCUGCUGUCUUUGAAAUCACAUCAUAGAGUGAGUUAUCUACUGCUUACCUGUGUAUAUUAGGUAAGGACUUUUUUUUUUAAGUCAUUUCCUAAAAUGCCAGUAAAUAAGUGCUGUGAUUUGAAGAAAGGCAUGUGACUCCAAAGCCCAUACUCUUUCUACUGCUUAUCUUUGGAAUAUACCUACAUUUAAACUUUCGUCAAGUUUUAUCUGAGUGAAAUCAUUUGUAAGUCAUAGGACUAUUCUGUUUUUCUCAAAGGAUGCCUUAUCCAACAGGGAUAUAUGAAUAGAGGUCAUAUUUCUUUCCUGUUUAGUCCUGAUUUUCUUUUUUUUUUUUUUUAGUUACUACUGCAUGCCCAUUUUUAUAAACCACUUCAAAUAUUUUAUAGGAAAAAACAUGGGAUAUAAGUCAACUAGAAUAAAAUUACCUUUCUCAAGGAAGGAAAAAGGAAAAAACAAAACACCUCAGUGCUGAAAAUGAAAAAAGGAUGCCCUCCAUAUCCCAGAAUACUCAGGAAUUAAGUAAGCAGCACCUACUGGGAGAAGGUACAGUAUACAUUGCCCAUUGAGGAAAAAGUUCUGUAUGAGACCCUCUAGUUAGAGACAACGGCUCUGAAUUAGUAAAGGACAAAAUCUCAGUUCUAAUUUUAGAAGUUCAGGGAGUGCUCCCAUAACUGAUAACCACCCAAAUGGUCCCCAGUUUACGCCUGUGUUACAAAUGGCACCCCGAGGCAGUGGUUUCCAAACUUGAGUGCAUGCAAAUCACCAAAAAUGUUUGUUAGAACACAUCCCCAUCCUUCCUGACUCUGAGUCAGGCCUGGGAACCAGCAGGCGAUGCCGAUGCUGCUGGUCUGGGACCACUCAGAGUUACUGCCGUGCGCAACUGCAGCAAAGCUGCUCGAGGGGUUGCCUUCCGUUCCAGCUGUUCUUCUCAACACUGGACUCAGCAUCUGAGAAAGUACACCAAACUGCCCUCCCCUUUAGGCAUGAAAAGAUAGGAAUAUUGAGUUACAAUCUGAUACAGCCCAUCUCAACUCCCAGUAGUCCACAAGUUUACCAGACAUGAAUGAACAGGUAAUUCUAUAUCUGAGGUAUUGACUCAUGUUCCCUUUGGAACAGUUAUCAAAAAGGCAAAAUUUCAGCAAAUAUCUAAUUUGGAUUUGCAGUAAUAUCAAAAGAGACACCAAGAACAGGGCAAAGAAGAGAACUUUGAAGAGAGAGCAAAUGGACUUCAGAUGAAAGAAAAAUGUGCCCAGUUAGUAUACAGACAACAACCAAUUAACUAUGGCAAAUUCAUAUUUGAGAAUAAACUUGCACUGACAGGAAAGUUAAUGAGAAGGAAAUAAUGAAAUAAAAGAUAAGCCCCAAAGAAUCCAACUGCAUUCUAAGAAGAGUCAAAAAACUUUUUUCCCCAUAAACCAUGGAUUGUUCCCACAAGGUUAAUGAACUAAAGGGAUGAGUCUUGCUGAAGAUGGAAGCGAGUUGCACUAUAUCUGAAUUCAUGUUUUCACAGAGUUUCCUUGUAUCUAAAAUAGAAAAAGAACUGAGUGCCAGAAAUGCAAAAAGAAAAUUGCUAAGAGCUGAAGAAUACUUGAGUAGUCAGAUCAUUCACAGUUAACCAAACAAAAAUAAUUUUUCAAGAGUCACAAGGGUCGAAAUAGAGUAUAUAAAUUAUAUUUUAGUUUCUAUUAAUGCUGACUUUCAAAUACUACUUCAUAGUGUUGAAACCUAUGGACUUUGACACCUACAAACUCCAGGUCUUUUUUCUGCUCUUCUCCUCUCUUCUGUGGUCUUUAAAACUAUAUUCUGGUUUUUGUUAGACCAUUGAUCCUUCUUUCAACCUGUAUGUUUUCUGUGUGUAUAAUAUUCUCGGUGCUAAAUACACUUCUGAUAUUCAGGAUAACUCUCUA